AUGUUCCUGAUCAACCUGAUCCCUCUCCACGUCCUGGUGCUAAUGCUCACAGGCCGCUUCUCCCAUCGUAUCUAUGUGGCCUAUUGCACUGUCUACUGCCUGGGCACCAUUCUCUUUAUGCAGAUCUCCUUUGUGGGUUUCCAGCCUGUUCUUCCGUCGGAGCACAUGGCAGCCUUUGGAGUCUUUGGCCUCUGCCAGAUCCAUGCCUUUGUGGAUUACCUGCGCAGCAAGUUGAACCCACAACAAUCUGAAGCCCUGUUCCGGAGUGUCAUCUGCCUGGUGGGCGUUGUCCUUCUCACUGUGGGAGCUCUUCUCAUGCUAACAGGAAAAAUGUCUCCCUGGACGGGGCGUUUCUACUCAUUGCUGGAUCCGCCAUACGCGAAGAACAACAUCCCCAUCAUUGCUUCUGUGUCUGAGCAUCAGCCUACAACCUGGUCCUCUUACUAUUUUGAUCUGCAACUCCUCGUCUUCAUGUUCCCAGUGUAA